AUGAUUAAUAUUUAUCUCUUUAUCUUAAUUUCUUUGAAUUAUGUAUCAGCAGAUGUUUAUCUACAUUUUCCACCUGGUUCAAACAAUCGUGUUAAUGAACAGAGUGCAGAUCGAACAAAUGCUCAAAACGCCUUUAACUCACAGAAUAACAAUAAAGGCGGUUACAAUGUUCCCGACGCAACAGAUAAACCUUAUGGAACAAAUUCUUCGCUACAAUAUUAUUUGAAAUUUUUUCAAAGUGGAAAAGUUGGAAAAACUAUUUUAAGAUUUAUUUGGACCAAUCAGCACGGCUGUGGAGGAGAUGAAUCAACAAAUCCAACUAAACAAAAAUAUAAAUUUCGUAACGGUGUUAAUACACUGCAGCAAGGUUAUACACCGAACCCUUCAUCCGAUCAAAAAGGCAAACAAAAUGAUGUGAACACAGAUCGUCGUCUGCAUGAAACGUGGGAUUAUUAUAAUCGAUGUAAUAAUCGAGAAAGAAACAAAGAAUAUACAUCACAAAGUUCAUGUGAACAAGCAACAAAUAAUCAGUUCACAUACAAGUGGGCAUUGCCUCAUGAUACAAUGUCUGGUCAAGCAGAAUGUCUUGUGUUGAAUGCUGUACCAUCGUGUAUACAGGCAUCAUGGACAAGAUCAAAUUAUUUAGGUUUAAAAGAUGAUGCUGAACCAAUGUCAUUCGACUGGAAUUUACCCACAUUCCCAUCAAACACAAUAAAAAGAUGUUUAGCUCGUAUUCGUUACAACAUAUCGACUUAUGACUAUGAUAUAUUCAACAUUGAUUCAAAAAAUAACAAUCAAAAGUCGCCGAUACGAACAGAUCCGCUCAUUACUGUUGAUAAUGGAAUUCAAUUAAAAAUAAAUAUAAAUACCGCUCAAUUUGGUCGAACAUUUCAAGAUCGUACACAUAUUUUUGAAAUUCAACCACGUCCAUCUGGAAUACAAGACCAAGAAACAAUUUAUAACUGGAAUGUAAUGGGAAAGAGAGGAAAUAUUGUUCAGACCUAUCCAGCAAUUGAGUAUGAUUUUACACCGAGAAAUUUAAUUAUAAGUCAAGGUGAUUUAAUACAUAUGCAAUGGAGCGGCUCCAAUACACAUAAAAAUGGGUUACCUUCUGUAGAUGGACAAGAGGGUAACGAUGGUGAAGGCGAGAAAGGUACCGAUCGUUCAAAUAUGUUGCAAAUGCGUAGUCGAGAUGAAAAUUAUCCUUAUCCGUACGAGAUGACAACAUUGUGGUCAAAUUCUAAAGUUCGAUGGUCUCCAUAUCAGAAAACAAAUGAUAAUAUAAAAAAAGAAGAUUUAGCCCUUUACUUUGCUUCAUCUGGAUAUUAUCGUUGUCAACGACUUGCUGACUGUUCCGAAGAAAACAACCGUAAUUAUACAAUUGAAACACGUUCUUCUUUGGACAUUGAUCUAAAUGUUGCGCCAGCAUCAUUUGAAGGUGCUGUUCUGGAGAUAAAACAAGGAAUAUAUCAUGUGAUGUGUACGAGAAAUAAUAAUUUUUCAAAUCGAGCGCAAAAGGGAACAUUAACUGUUUCUUGA